ACAACGUCAUGAGUGUCUCACCGGCCAAUGAGAUGUUUGAUACUCACUGGUCGUGUUUCACGGUAGCGGUGGCUGGUGCAUUUCUUCAGAGGGAAAUACAGUGUUGUUAUUCAUGAUGCAGUUCAUGCUUCUGUUCAGUCGACAAGGUAAGCUUAGGCUUCAGAAAUGGUACAUACCUUUGUCUGAUAAGGAGAAAAAGAAGAUCACCAGAGAGCUGGUGCAGACAGUCCUGGCUCGAAAGCCCAAAAUGUGCAGCUUUCUAGAGUGGAGAGACCUCAAGAUUGUAUAUAAGAGAUAUGCCAGCUUGUACUUCUGCUGUGCCAUAGAGGACCAGGACAAUGAGCUCAUCACACUGGAGAUCAUCCACAGAUAUGUGGAGCUGCUGGAUAAAUACUUUGGCAGUGUUUGUGAGCUGGACAUCAUUUUCAACUUUGAGAAGGCCUACUUCAUUCUGGAUGAAUUCUUAUUGGGUGGGGAGGCACAGGAGACGUCCAAAAAGAAUGUAUUAAAGGCCAUUGAGCAGGCCGACCUGCUACAGGAGAGCCAGAAUGAAGACUGGGGAAGCUUGCCAAAUGAGGAGCUCUUGUAAUGGGUCUAAAGUGCAUCCAUGCCUCCAUCCAGGCAGUUGGUAACUACUAGACUGGUGUAGUCACACCCGUUUUUCAAUCAUGGCAGUUCUAGGGCUGGUUCAGAGCAAGUGCCUAAUUUGGAACCAGUUCUUUGUGUUAUGAUAGCCAAAGAACUGGCUCUGGGCCAGGAAAACUGCUUCUAACUUGGCACCAACUCUCUGCUGGUCAAGAACUAAGAACUGCUUACAUCAGGAGCUGGGGGUGGGAUUAUUGUGACCGAAGACCAAAUAAAACUCUGUGACCGCCAUAAAAAAAAAAACAAACAAACAGCAAGAGAGUAGUGCUGUCUUGCCUAACUUUUAAUACCAAAGGAAAAACAUGAGCUUCAUUGACAUGAAAUUGAACUAGCAGUGAACUGUAGAGAAGACAAACUGUUAGCUAGCAUAAGGAUAAAGCUAACAAAGGCUAACAUCUUACAUUCAGUGUUUAAUAUGAAUCAAAACAUGUUAAGUAAUUACCCUUCUUUUGGAACAUAAUUGCUAUCUAUAGAAAUUAUGAUCAGCAGCACAAACACAUUGGACCAGUCAUGUUUAGAUUCCAGUGUAGGCUUGCAAAGCCAGGAGCAGUAUUACAAAGGAGACAAUGAAGUCCACCAUUGUUGUUAUUGUUCUUGGCACUAGCAUUGCUGGGGAAGCAGAGGCAUAUUCAGACAUAUGCAGUGAUGUAAUUAUGUGGCUCUCUAGCUCGUGCAAAAACUGGUUCUUAAAAGGUUCGCAAGUUGAACCACCUCCAAACUGGCUCUAGCACCAGCCCAGAACUAGCACUUAGUUCGUGUUCAGUCAGCAUGGGUUUUCAGUGCUGCGUGCUGUGAACUUUUACAUGCAUGCACUUCUGUCACUUUGACUGUCUCAUAACUCUUGAGUGAUAAAUAUGGGACAUGACACAACAUAAAGGUGAUGACAGGCAUGAACAUGUCUGAAUAAACUCAGUUUCAAUAACGGGCAGCAUAUUUCAACACUUCAAUUUGGUUCAAGUAGCUGGUGUCAUAUUUUAAAUUUGGAUAAUCUUGAUUUAUAAUUUUUAAAAAGUUAAAAUUGGAAUUCUAACUGUAAUUUGAAGUGAAAGAACUGUGCUGCCUGUGUGAAGACUAGCCUGUUGUUAUACUAACAGCACUGAGUGACACUGGUCAUUUGAAUGAUUUUUGAAUAGUAACACUGUUACCACAGUAUUCUACAUUUACUUGUGCUAACACUAAUUCUGCAGGUUUUUGUAUGUCUUGUUAAUUGACCCAAGAUUAUCAUCUAAGAUACUAAAGGAUAAGAAUGGUUGUACUCUUUAUUUGUAUUAUUCCUAACUAAUUCCAUAAGAAAAUCAAAACAAACUAUGUAUCUAUGUGCCCCUCAACACUCUAUGGCUGAACACAUGUCGACGGUGGGACAAAAAAACGCUGACAAAUAAGCUAUGUCUUUGGAAAUGACAAUACCUUAAAUCCUAAGUGACAUGCUCAAGCCAGAAUAUGAAAGUGGACAGCAGGAGAAACCGCAGCGGCAUUAAUUAAUUUGAGUUUCUCCUCCAUAGAUAGGUUAAAAACAGUAUAUGUACCAAUGAAAAGAGAUUUAUAACACUCUAAAUAAAGCAGGUAAGAGAAAACUCACAUUUAAACUGGCAUAAUGCAGACAUAGUGACUUCUCCAGCCUUACAAAAAUUCUCUUUAAUAUUACAGAAACAACGUAUUAAAAGACAUGCAACGUGUGUUUGGUUUUUUUUUUUUUUUUAGACUUACCAUUAAGUCCCACCAAGUAGUGGAAACAUCAGUCCCUUUCAAGUAGCUCCAAGGUCGGUAAAUCCAAUCGGUGGUCAUUGAGUC